ACCUCGAGUUUUCUCUAAUUCUACUCCAAGAAAGCAAGCGAAGCAUUUCUGUUGUGUGUACACACAGAGACACAGUCUGAGUUUCCUGCCGGCCCAGCCAGCGCCUGAGUCUAUAUACACAGUGACACAUCUCUGUUAGGACACUGACCAGUAUGUCUCAUCGUGUGAGGAGCAAGACUGUUGACUCAGCAGACACGAAGAGAGGGGGAAAGGGGGCAGCCCCUAGGAGGAUUACAGAGAAGAUUGCCAUCAUCAAGAAGAGAGAGCAUCAACAGUCGGCAGAGUUUGAGCAAGCUAUGCAAAGUAUCUUUGAGAUGCAACAAGCUCGUAUCCACCCUGGUGGGGGGUCCAUGCCAUCACUGCAGGCCAUUGACUCCACCCCCCCAGCACCAUCCAUUGACAUGCAGAGUAUCUUCCGAGACUUUGAUAAGAUGAAGAGAGGUUCUGGUGCCACUAGAAUGGAGUCCAACUUCCAGAGAGGACCGCCAUUAACCAAACACAGCUCUAUGGAGACAGAGCCCUACCUCCCAGUCAACCUCAGCAGCUCAGACCACCAUUACUGGAACGGAUCUGGAGAUUGGUUGGAAGGAGAGCUUGCAAGACACAAGUCGGACUCUGACCUCCAGCAGAGCCUCAUGAUGGGUGGGCAGACCUCCCCCCAUGUCCUCAACUCUCCUCAGCAGCAGCUGCUUCAUCGACAACACAAGAUGAACCCUCCUGUGGACGUAUGGAGUAAUAAGAAGCGCCCCAACUCAGCCACCACUCAUGCUCUGCUCAGUCCUGAUCACUACAUGCCGUCUCCUGAGCGACUGACUCCGCCCCCAAUGGGUGGAGCCUCGGUGGGGACAGCGUCAAGUCUCCCCGAUCUUACGAAUAUCGAGUUCUCGUGUGGAUUGGACGUACCUCUAGAAAGAGAUGAAUCUCCACUACAGGACCCUCAGCAGUACGCCCUCCCACCUCUCAUGCAAUCAUUCCAUCCGUCUCCAACUAUACGAAUGACGGGGCCGUCUAAUCUUGUCUACAACUCAUUCCAGGCUCCAUCCAAUGCAUACUACUCAUCACCCCCCAAUUCAGGGGGGGUCUAUCCAUCGCCCCCCGUGUCUGGGGGUUACCAACAACUGUCCCCCCUCUCUAUGGGCAGUGGAAUAUCAAGGAGCCCUACAAUGCCAGAGUUUCGAAACAUACAUUCUACUAACGGCUUUGUAUCCCGCUAUCGACCUCCACCCCCUCUUCCUACCCAGUACAAACCAAUACUCCCGAAUGCACCACUUCCCCUAGCCGCUCGUCUGUCAGAGCUCCUGCCACAAGUCCGUAUGAUCCCAGGCCACACCCCUUCCUCGACUAAUGCCCCACCCCCUAUGACGAUCAUCAUUCAACCACCACCUUCCGUGUCGACCUCUCAGUCCGCUCCUAUAAGACAGCAAUCGAUGCCUAACAGUUUCCCACAUGAUCCUAGCAUGACCAGCUAUGACACACCGCCUCCUCUAAGCCCUGACAAGGCCAGUGCUAAUCAAUACCUGAAUGGAGUCCCCACUCAGAAGAACCUCUCAUCAUCUACCACUGUUCCCUCGAGCUUUGGGCUCUGUCUGCCCAGCUAUACAGAAGCACGAUUGCAGCAGUCCCUGCAACACAAGUUUGCCUCCAUCAAUGUUGGCCGUACUGAAGGAAUGGUUCGAAGUCAUUCUGAGGAGAACUUACAGAAGGUUCAGAAGGAGAAACCUGAAGUGAUACAGCACAACCCAUUCAUGGGCACUCUAGCUAAUGCCAACAGUGUGCCGUGUGUGUAUGUGGACCCCUCUGGCCCAGAGACCUAUUAUAAUGAGCGCAGUGACUCCCCUCCUAUUGAUAGCCCCUCAACGUCAGCUAGCUACGCCUCCUCUCCCCCCUCUGUGAGACCAUACUGGAUAGAGGAGGAGGGCUCUCUCAGAGAGUAUGUCUUCAAUGAAUGGCCGCUGGAGGGUGGGGGAGGAGGUCAAAGGUCAGGCUCUCCACCAGCACAUCAUAGGUCCCUGAGUGAUCUCGGCUCUAUUAUUCCUGACAUUACAGAUUUAAUAUCAAGUAAUCGUUCUCACCAACUCUCCCUGCCCUCUGUUGCCAUGACGGACCUCACUGUGGACGAACAAUUGGACAAGAUGAACAGCCCAUCCGAUUACUAUCACGAUUAUGAGAUGGAGGAAGCCAUGAUGAACUCUCUGCUUAAGAAUGGUGUCCCGAACGUGCAUCCAUUUGACGUGUUCCCGUGUGACCAAGCCGCAGCAUCGCUAGAUGGCUCCCCUUUUCAUCUCAAUUGAUUGUGUGUGCUUGUGUUUUCUUGGGCUAACAGAUUAUAUUUUGUACAGCUGAUUUUUCAAUACUUUUGUAUAGCAAUUUCUAUUAUGGAUAAUGAUUGAUCAAAAGAAAACAAUUGCCAAUUAA